AUCUCGAAGGAAAAGGUGGAUACAAAAUUAUUUUUCUAAUGAUUUGUAACAAGUUGUAAAAAUCGACGUAAAUGAAUUUAAUUAGGAAUAAAAUUUUGAUUCCAUGAAUUCGAAAAAUAAUUAUAUGUAAGCAAUCUAAAUAUUACAUUAGUUUUGCAUGCAGUUGAUGAUAAAUUUGUCUAAGUAUAAGCAUUUUUUCAACUAGUGUUAUCGCUUUCGAAGUCGGCUUAUUUAUCGAGUCUACGUUAAAAUGCAAUUGAUUCGUUAAAUAUUCAUUCGAAGUAUCUUUUUCACACGUUUGCCAAUUAGAAAAAUGCGUUAUUUUGUUACCGAAAAAUCGCACAGCUUGAAAAAGUGUAAGAAUUAUAUCGUAAGUGCUGUUUUACGAUUUGGUUAGAUAAAAAUGACUGUUCUACAGAUGAGAGAUACUGAUGAAGAAACAAAUCAACCGCCUGCGAAAAAACUACGUUUUUCAUCAUCACGUCACAAAGCCGAAGAUACUAGACGACACGUUCAAGCCUGGCUAGAUUCAUCGGAUAAUGAUUCAUUUAUAAACUCUAAUCAAAUGCCAGUAGCGUCAGAAACUAUGGUUAAUGGUUAUGGGUUAAACGACCCAUUUCAUCAGGCGCAUACUCAAAGGUCGCCUGAAGAAAAUGGUUAUAGCGACUGUCUAAUUCCUAUUGCACCUUUAUUGAACCUUGGUAACACUUGUUUUCUGAACAGCGUUCUGUAUACGCUGCGUUUCGCACCUUCUUUUUUACAUAAGCUACAUCACUUGUACUCUGAUUCUGCAUCGUUUACCAAGCAACUCAACGCUGCCAAGCAAGAGAGAGCUUGUUCGUUGGGACGAAAUCUUGCAGGCAAAUCGGGUUCGUGGGGACACAAGGACUCGUAUCCGAAUAACUCUAAUGAUUCUGAAAUGAAAACACAAGCUGUAAUUACUAAACUACACCAAGUUUACGCAUCUUUAUGGUCAAACGAGUACAAAGAUCGUAUGGAACCGUUCCAACCGCUUAGUUUUUUACACGCGUUGAGGGAAGUGAAUCCAAUUUUUGAAGGAAAUCAACAACACGACGCGCACGAAUUACUCGUCUGUCUAUUGGAUAUAAUUCGAGAAGCAUGCGAUAUCGUUUAUAAUCAGAAUUCAAUCAUAGAAAGACAGCCACCACAAUGCCCUUCUUCGUCGACCAGUUCUGGAAUAAAAUCGUAUGUUCGAAAAUCGCUGAAAUUCAGUCGAGUUAUGAAUUACGAAAAAGGCUCGAAUUGUUUGCGAGAAAAUUAUUCCGAAGGUGAUAUGCGUAAGUACCUGAUAAACGACGAUGUAGCCAAAGACGAUACGGAUUCCGUGUACAUGGAGGAACGUUACAGUGGUCCUAAUCAGGAUACGAUUUUCGAAGAUUUCCAAGGUAUUUCUUUGCUACGUACUACGUGUCUGGAAUGCGAACACGUUACCGAACGAAAGGAGACUUUUUGUGAUAUUUGUGUACCGAUCAAAUCGGAAUCAGACUGCGACGAUGAAAAAUCCAUAGAUCGUCUGUACGAGUCGGUUAUCGUAACUGAGGAGUAUCUCAUAGACUGUAAUAAGUAUUGGUGCGAGAAAUGUUCUCGUCUAAACGAAGCUAAACGUUGCGUUCGAUACGAAAGGUUACCUAGACUGUUGACGUUGCAUUUGAAACGAUUUUCAUCGGGAUUUGGAUCAUCAGUCUCCAAAGUGAACGACUACAUGCCGACUCCUUUCACUUUAUCUUGCUUUUGCGAAAAAUGCCUCGGUAACGAAGAACCACCUCAUAAAUACUACUUAUACGCUGUAAUCAUGCAUCUCGGCGCAGCCAUCGCUUCGGGACACUACGUAGCCUACGUGCGAACCUUUGAUAACCCUCAAGAUUACGUAUACUGCGUUAAAGAUAAACCAAAAACCUCGAGUUUAUCGCGAGGCUACAGUAUUAACUCGGUGUCUCAAAACACCAACUCGAAUUCAAACCCAAUGGUCGAUAAAUCCAACUCGCUGUUGAGAUACUUCAGUCGCAAGCUAUCGUCUAAAUCAUUCUCGAACGGUAGCAACUCAUCUGGUUCUUCUAAAGACUCAGAUUUACGUCGAGAACGCGUAAAACCAACUUGCAAAGGAGCCGAAUGCUGCUCGAUCCGGUUACGAGCCAUUUCCAACGAUCAAGAUAACGUUGUAUGGUUAGAAUGCGACGACGAAUCGGUUAGAACCAUUACGAUGGAAGAACUAAAAGAAAUGCUGGCACCGAAAACGAAUAAAAAUUCAGCUCUGACGCCGUACUUGUUGUUUUACACGAAAGCCUGAGCGAACAUCGUAAUCGUGUGUCGAAUAUUGUGAUAUUUAUUUCUCGCCGCGAACUGUCCCGGUGUGUUUUUUUUUCUCUUUACGUUUUAGAAUGUGGUUGAGGUGUUAGCAAGGUCUUUAUUGUUUAAUAAUUUAUUUAUUUUGCUCGAGAGUACUCGUUAAUUUGUAGACAUAUCUGUAGGAAACAACCAGCUUGCGUAUUUUGAGUUUUGUCGAUUUUGUUUUCCUCUAUACUCUUCAAAAAGAAGUAUCUUCAUCCAACGGAUGGAUGGUUUUUUAAGUUAAUUUUAAAAAUUAAAUCAAUUUUUCCCAAUGCCAAGGGGCUUUAUUUUUUCAAAAGCAAUAUUUUUUUUGGACAAUACUAUUUAAGCAAUACUUUAUUACGUAACUCAUUCCAUUGGAAAAUAUUGUAAAAAUGAAUGAAAAAAAUUAUGUGAUUAAUUUAGUUGAACAAUCGUUACCCCGUUUGCAAUGUUAAAAUGUACCAUUGUAUUAAAACGUAACUUGAGUAAGGUUUCUCUUUUUUGUUUGCGUACUCGUUUGUUGUUUUUUUUUUUGGAAAAUUAUUUUUUUUGUUUGUUUUUUCUUGAGGUACAUUGCGUGUGCUAAAUAAAACGAGCGUAUUAUUUUUAAUUCUUUUUUUUUCUCUGUAGACGCACUAGUCAUCAGAAUAAUUUAUAUUUUUGCUUAGUAACUUUCAUUCCAUUGUACAUUUCAUAUAAUGUAUGUAAUUUUUCUUCAUAAUUUCCGUCGUACCUGAAGCGAAAAGACUUUUUAGACGGGUUGUUUUAUUUUAUUUUUUAACUGAAAUAACUUACUGUAUUUUUUUCGAAUCAAAAUUAAUUCUUCUUUGCAUCAGCUUAACCCUCGUUUAUAUUGUGUACAUACAUAAUAUUUUUUGGCGAUUACGUUAGUUUUAUGUACAGUAUUCGUGUAUGUAAAUAAUAAAUACGUAAUUUUACCAGACUUGUUAGAAGUAUGUGUUAAGGUCUCAGUAUAUUUUAGUUUAGUUGAAGUUUAUUUAUUUCAAAUAGAUUCGUAUUUAUGUGGUUUUCA